GGGAUCGGCCGAGCACCGGUGGCGGGAAGGCGCGGCGGUUGGCGGUUGCAGAUGGAGUUCACGCGCGGCAAGGGUCGCGCGGCGGUCUAUCCCUUCCCUCUGCAGCUCUACCCGCUGCCGCCCCAAGGCAUCGUCUCGCUGCUCGAGUUCGAGGGCCUGGCCGUGGCGAGACUGAAGCUUCUCAAGAGUAUAGAAACUAUUGGCAUUAGCUAUGCCAGGGGAUCUGAGAACUAUAACAAGAAACUGGAGGGCGAACUUCGAAAGCUGAAGUUUCCUUACAGAGUUUACAGCGAUGAGAAGAUAGAUGAAUAUGAAAUGAGGAGGAAUGAUCACAUCUCUCAUUUCAUACUGCGUCUUGCUUACUGCCAGUCGGAAGACUUGAGGCGAUGGUUUAUUCAGCAAGAAUUGGACUUAUUCCGUUUCCGAUUUGGUGAGCUACAUGACAAACAGCAAGAUUUCCUCAAAAAAAAUGAAUUGAAGUAUCACCCUAUUGAGCCAGAGGAAAAAAAACACCUGAGUAGCAAACUACAAAAUUCAUCUGGACUAACCGCAGUUGUAAUAGAAGAACAAAUCUUUUACAAGGUCCCUUUUACUGAUGCUCUGGAACUGGUCCGAGCUCGGAAGGCCUUCCUCAAGAAAGGGUUGGUGUACAUACCUCAUCUGGAAAUUGUAAUUCUAAUCCUGAAUGUAUUUCGACAGAGACUUUCCAAGUCUUUGGCUUUGACAUCAAGAUCGCUGCCUAUUAUACAGUCAGAUGAGCGACUGCAGCCACUGCUGAGCAACCUCAGCUGUGCGUAUGUUGGACAGGACUACAGUGUUCAAAAAAAUGUUGGAAAGAUCUCCUUGGAUCAACUUGACAGUCUGGCUACUAAAUCGUAUCCUCCCUGCAUGCGCCAGUUGCACAAUGCCUUACGGGACAACCAUCACCUCCGACAUGGUGGCCGCAUGCAAUAUGGACUCUAUCUCAAGGGACUAGGCCUUACCCUAGAACAGGCCUUGCUGUUUUGGAAAUCAGAAUUUAUAAAAGGAAAAGUGGAACCAGAUAAGUUUGAUAAAUCAUAUGCAUACAAUAUACGCCACAAUUUUGGAAAGGAAGGCAAGAGAACGGACUAUACCCCGUUUAGCUGCAUGAAGAUUAUUCUGUCAAACCCGCCGGGACAAGGGGACUUUCAUGGCUGUCCAUUUCGGCACAGUGAUGUUGACCUACUAAAGCCAAAGUUGCAGUCCUAUAAGAUUUCACCUGCAGAAAUAAACCAGAUUCUGGAUUUAGUCAAGGGGAUGCAUUACCAGCUGGCCUGUCAGAAAUACUUUGAGCUAACCCACAAUAUUGACGAAAUUGGGUUUUCUCUGAAUCAUCCAAAUCAGUAUUUCAUUGAGAGUCAGAAGAUUCUGAACAGCAGCCGAGAUACAAAGAAAGAGUCAAACCAGCCAGAGAGCUCCCAGCGCAGCCAGCCCAGCCAACCCCCCAAAGGGGAGAGUGCCGCUGUCUCCACAGCCACGAGCCAGGCAGAAUCGACUGAUGUGGAGGGUAUAAAUAUUGAAGAGCUUCUCAGUGAAGAAUAUCCUGAAUGAUUCGCUAUGCGACUGAUAUCCAUUGAAAUGCAUUUUGUGUUAGAAUGUUUUCUGAAGUGAAUUUGUUCCAUGUUUUCCCCAAUCUAGUUUUUUUUCUCUUUAAAUGAGUAAAUAAGCUUAAGGUAAAAUUAAUUCUCUCCAUAAUGGCUAAAGCGAGAUAACUUGUAUUUCUUGAAAUACGUACUGCCAGAAACAAUGCACACAAGAGACUUUCAUUGGUGCUUGAACAUUUCCUUGAAACAAAUGGCACAUUUAAUGUAAAUUAUGCCAAUGGAUCAUUAUGGAACUCAGCCUAGAAAAUGGUAAUUUGUCUUUAUCCCACAUCUUGUAAGAAAUGUUAAAUUACUUUGGUAACAUCUUAUCAACAUCAACACUUUUAGAAGGUAAUGUCUUCUCAGAAUUCAUUAUAAGGCAUCAAUUAUAUUCAGGUUAAUUGUACAGAAGUUUGUGAAUGCUUUGCUGUAGCACACCAGCUAACAAAGCGACUUCCAUUUCCAAUAAUUUGCAUUAUUGCAUUUGUAAUUGUACAAGAGGACUUGAGGAUUCACCAUCAUUUUCAUGCACUUCGUUGCACUGUAUUGUGAAAUGUACUUUCUCAUUGUCUUAAUGCCUAAUAAGUACAUUAUAAGAAAGCUUAUAUCAUACUAUCAGAUUUCUGGAAGAGAGACGCAUCCCAAUCUAUUUUUUUUUCCUGUUCAAGAUUUUAUAAUGUGGACUGUGCAAUGCAAAUUAUGUUAUUGCAAUGCUGGAAUUUCCAUAAACCUCCACUGAUAUUUUGAA